AAGGCUAGUAUGACUUUUUUAUAGUAGAUAAAAAAGGUACUUUUCUUUUCAUAGAGAAGAUUUUUAUAUUUAUUUUUUUGCAGGUUUCAUCAGUUGGAAGAAAGGACAAUACCGUAUUAUUAUAGAAAAGUAACACCGUAUAUAUAAAUGUUAGGAAAAUUAGUGAGACAGUAAAUUAUCUUUUCUUUUUUUGAAUACGGCCCAAUUUCCCAUUAUGAAUCAUUUUGUUGCCCAAAAAAAAAAAGCCUCGUUCAUGCCAUGUGGCCUGUGGGCAACCUAACAUAAAUUAUAAAUAAAUAAUUGUAUGUGCGAUAAUAAAUGGCGCUUUUCAAUUAGUGUCCAAUGUUUUAAAUAUAGCCAUCUUCGUGCAGACCGACGAACUGAGUUUCUUCAUCAUCAUCACCGAGAAAUCUGUGUGGCGUUUUGCCGGAGAACUUAUAAUGGUUUCUAUCUUACUCAGAAGGUAUUAGACAUGGAUAGCGAAACCUAUGUGAAAGAGAAUCAAAGGAACUACGACAGGCUAAGCAAUCUACCUGAUUCCUUGCUAUGCAAGAUACUCUCUGACUUCUCCACCAAGGAAUCGGUUCGCACCAGCGUUUUAUCAAAACGUUGGAGAAAUCUCUGGUUGAAUGUUCCAGUACUGGACCUAGAUACCAGAACAUUCUCAGAUGAUGAUGUCUUUGUGAGUAUCAUGGAUAGGCUUUGUUCUGAAAAUCAGCAACGCUUGGAGAGAUUCAAACUGAUAUAUCAGUUAUACGAGCAUGAUGAAUCUCGUUUCGAGUCUUGGAUCGAUGCUGUGACUGGGCGUAGGAUUCUUCAUCUCAAUGUUUAUAAUGAGUUUGACGAUGAUGAUACGUUAGUUAAGUUGCCUCCAUCUCUCUAUUCAUGUGAGAGAUUGGUCAACUUGAGUCUCCGCUGCGUGUACUUGGAUCAUCCUGAAUCUGUAACGUUGCCUUGUGUAAAGAUUAUGCAUCUAGAGAAGGUUAUAUACGCUUGUGAUUCGACUCUAGAGACUUUAAUAUCAACCUGUCCUGUUCUUGAAGAGUUAACCAUAGUCAGUGGCUACAAUGAUUCUCUGGAAGCUGUGCGUGUGCGUUCCCAGUCACUAAAGAGCUUCAAUAUAGAUUGUGAGCGUGACGAAAGUGAAGGUCAUGUUGUUGCAAUUGAUGCUCCAAGACUUGAGUGUAUGACUCUCAAUGAUCACAGGUCUGAUAGCUUCAUAAUACACGGUAUUGGUCCCUCUGCAAAGGUAAACAUUGAUGUUAGCUUUAAUGGGGAAGAUGAUGAGCCACUGGAACCAGAUGACUCUUCCAAGAUUGCUAUGCUCAGUAAAUUUCUAACCGGGUUAUCUACCGUCAGCCACAUGACCAUCUCUGCUGACACUCUAAAUGUUAUUCAUGAUUACUGUGAAAUGGAACAGCUACCUAAGUUCUCCAACUUGUCUUACUUGGAAGCUUGCUUCCAGGACACUAAGUGGGAGAUGCUACCAGCCCUCCUUGAGAGUUGCCCAAAUCUACACUCCGUCAUCUUGGAAUUUGAUUGUCUUACAAAGACCGAGCAGGUUGAUCUUUCAUUAGUGCCACAAUGUUUCAAAUCAUCUCUUGAGUUUGUUCAGCUGAAGACAAUUGAUGGUGUAGACACGAGAAAGAAUGAGACACCACUCAGGGGAACACCAAGUAAGAUGAAAUUAGCAAAAUACUUCCUAGAAAAUGGUGCAGCUCUCAAGAAACUGACUCUAAGGAAGAGUUUCUGUACCUUCAUCAACCAAAUCAAAUCUAUUCCUAGACUCUCUAAGGGGUGUGAAGUUGUCAUGGAUUAGUUGAGCCAGCUUUGUUUUCUUACUAUAUUGCUCUCGUUGUGCUUUGUUAAAAUUCACUUUUUCUUUCUUUCGUGGUAUACAUUGUUUAUUUUUAGUUUUUCAAGUUGGAGGAAGAUAUUAUUGAGUUGUCUCAACACAAACCAUUUUUAUUCGCGAUGAAAGUGACGAUAAAGGCUUAUUUGGAUCAUGGAUGUUAUUCGUGUUUUCCUUUUUCCUUUUUCCAUUUAUCAUUAUAUUUUAUAUAAUAAAA